AUGGAGACGCUGGAUCUGUCCGAUAACGAAAUUAGCACUUUUGCUCCCAGCACGUUCAAAAUCCACCCUCGGCUGCGAAAGAUCAUUCUGGCAAAGAACAAGAUCGAACGGUUCAGCCCCGAUUUGGCCAACAUGUUGGACUUUUUGGAAGUGAUCGACUUGAGCGAGAAUCAGCUUACAAUCAUCGAUCAGCUGGACUUUUCGCGAUAUGCCAACCUACGAGAGCUUUACUUUGCUCAGAAUCAGAUCGAACUGCUGAACGACAUGGCGUUCCACAAUUCAACCCAGCUGCAAAUCAUUGACUUGAGCAGGAACCGUCUCGAGAGGUUGAGCGAACGAGCGUUCCUCGGAAUGAGCCGCAUCGAGAAGCUGGAUUUGAGUCACAACACACUUCAAGAACUGCCGGAAGGAAUCUUCGACAAGAGUCGGGUGGUAAAAGUUGAAAACAUCAUCUUGGCCAACAACAGCUUCCGAUCGAUUCCGUUUAGCGCGUUGAAGGAUCAGCACGACAGCGUUUACUCGCUGGACAUGAGCUACAACAAGUUGACGGACAUUCCAGCGUCGAAUGCCUACAUGGUUAUGGUUAACAUAAAGGAUGUCGACUUUUCGUUCAACUCUCUGUCAGAACAGGCCAUCAAAAUGCUGCUGGAGCAACCAAAGACGGUUCGCAAACUCAAUCUGGCCAUGCUGUUGGUGAUCGUGUUUUCGAUAAAACAACUUUGCUGGAGGUGCUCGAUGUGUCUUCCAACCGACUCGAAAACAUCGAUCCGUUAA